UGUUGUGAGAACGGUUUCCAGCGGCGACGCGGACGUAACUCGGCUCUGUGAAUGGCCGUGCGCUCCUGUCACUGGCAGGCCAUUUAAAUGGCAGCGCAGCGUCAGCACCGAAACGGUGUGUCCUACGGAUCUCAGCGGAGCAGCCGAGGGGAAGCCUGAACAUGAUCAAGGAGGAGGAAGAGGAGGGCAGCGCCCCGCAGGCGGAGGAGCAGCAGCAGCUCCGCCGCCGCUAUGAGGAGCUCUGCGGCGCCCUCAACAUGGACGAGAGGGCCCGUGCGGAGGCCUGGGAGAGUUACGCAAGAAUUAGCCAGACCUACACUCUGGAGGGAAACGCACUGCAUUGGUUGGCGUGCGCAUUGUACGUUGCGUGCCGGCAGUCUGUGCCAACGGUGGGCAGAGGAACGGCGGAAGGAAAUUAUGUGUCUCUCACGAGGAUUCUGACCUCAACAGAGCUAAGCAUGAUUGAGUUUUUCAACAAGAUGAAGAAGUGGGCGGACAUGGCCAACUUACCUGCAGAAUUCCGAGAGAGAACCAAGAAGCUCGAACGCAAUUUCACGGUCACUGCCGUACUCUUCAAGAAGUAUGAUCCCAUCUUCCAGCAGAUCUUCAAGAACGCACAAGAGGAGCAGCCACGGCAGCACAGAAGCCGCAAACAAAGGCGUCAGCCGUGCACAGUAUCUGAAGUGUUUCAGUUCUGCUGGGUGUUGUUCAUCAAUGCCAAAGGAAACUUUCCAAUGAUAAGCGACGAUCUGGUGAAUUCGUACCAUCUUCUGCUCUGUGCCUUGGACCUGGUUUAUGGGAAUGCCUUGCUGUGUCCUAAUCGUCGGGAGCUCCUGAACCCCAACUUCCAAGGCCUUCCCGAAGAUUUCUGCAGUAAAGACUUCAAACCUCCAUCCGAGCCUCCCUGCAUCAUCGAAACCCUCUGCUGCCUCCACCAGGGUUUACUUCUAGAAGUCAAAGGCAUUAAGGAACAUUUUUGGAAGCCAUAUAUACAUAAGCUGUUUGAUAAAAAGGUACUGAAAGGAAAAUCGGACUCCCUUACAGGAUUUUUGGAGCCAGGAAAUUUUGCAGACAGCUUGAAAGCCAUCACGAAGGCCUAUGAGGUGUUUGUUCUCUCUGUCGGUCACUUGGACGAGCGAGUCUUCCUGGAGGAUGCGGAGGAGGAGAUUGGAAGUGUAGGCCGUUGUCUGAAUCCCGAGUCGGGAACCGAGGCGUCCGCGGAGAGGGCCCAAGUGUCCUACCAUUUACAGCAGCACUUUGACAGGAUGAAGUCGUUACGGAUAUCCACUCCUCUCACCAGUCUGCCGUACAUGAAGGAGAGCUCUUCACACCAGACUCCUGUCUCCAGCGCUACAUACAGCGUCAGUCGACUGUUUGUCAUUCUGUCCGGUCACAAAGCUGCCCCCAGCGAGAAACUGCAGGAAACGCUAAGUGCCUGUUCCAGAAACCCCACACAGACCAUUUCUAAUUGCCUGAAAGAAAUGUUCAACGUGUUCUGUGAACACACAAUGUCAGGCGGUGGAGACAGUCAGCAGUGCAAAGAUAUUGCAAAGAAAUACUUCAGGCUGGCCGAAACGCUGUAUUAUAAGGUGGUGGAAUCUGUUGUCGAGCGGGAAAAGAAACGUCUGGGAGAUGUAGAUCUGUCUAAUAUACUGGAGCAGGAGAUCUUCCAUAAGUCCCUCAUAGCAUGCUGUCUCGAAAUUAUCAUCUUUUCAUACAAACCUCCUGGCACUUUCCCGCAGAUAAUAGUCAUGUUUGAUUUGGCACCCUACCAUUUUUACAAGGUGAUUGAGCUUGUUAUCAAGGCAGAAGAUGGUUUAUGUCGAGAAGUAAUAAAACACCUAAACCAGAUUGAAGAGCAGAUUCUUGAGAGCAUGGCCUGGACUCAUGACUCCCCUCUGUGGGAGAAGAUUAGAGACAACGAUGGAAAAGUUCCACUCUGUGAAGAGGUAAUGCACCCACAUCAUUUUGAAGGAGCUAUUGGCAGCAGCAUAACAGGAUCAUCUGCUCCUCUUACUUCAAGACGAGUCAAUGAGAUCAAGGCAGAUGCGGCUGGUCUAGGAAAAACUUCCUCGCCUACUUUAUUUGAUCGGUACAGUUCACCGAUAGCUGGCACAGCUCGCCGCCGUCUCUUCAUUGACUCCGACAGCCCACCUGAAGAAGGGAGUCCAGCACAAGCGUCUCCGCAUUCCACUGCUGAAUCAACGCCCUCACCGGUUCCUGGGCAGACCCUGGUGACAAUGGCGACUGCUACAGUAACUGCAAAUAAUGGGCAAACGCUCACGAUCCCUGUACAAGGCAUUGCUAAUGAGAACGGAGGGAUCACAUUUUUUCCGGUACAGGUCAGUAUGAGUGGACAAGCCCGUGGCGUUUCUAGUUCCAUUCAGCCACUCACAGCCCAGGCUCUUGCUGGACCGAUGACCACGCAACAGAUGCAGGUUGCAGGACAAGUAACCAUCCCUCAGGUCCAAGCUUCUCCAGGAAAACAAAAUGUCAGCAGCAAAAUGAAGAAAGUUGGAUCUCUGGCUCUCUUCUGCCGGAGGGUUUUCCAUUUAGCCAGUGUUCGCCUUCGUGAUCUCUGCCAUAAGCUGGAUAUUUCCGAUGAACUUCGUAAAAAGAUGUGGACUUGCUUCGAGUUUUCGCUAGUGCACUGUUCAGACCUGAUGAAGGACCGUCACCUGGACCAGCUUCUGAUGUGUGCAGUGUAUGUGAUGGCCAAGGUAACCAAAGAAGACACAUCCUUCCACAAUAUCAUGAGAUGCUAUCGUAUGCAGCCUCAUGCUACGAGUCAUGUGUACAGAAGUGUUCUUUUAAAAUCCAGGAGAAGGCAGCAGUCUGGCGGUAGUGACCAUGCACUGACAGGCUGCUCCGCAGAGACCAAUAAAGACCAUGGCAGCAGAGAGCCCAGCCCAGUGAUGCGCUCCAGUAGUACCCUGCCUGUACCCCAGCCCAGCAGCGCUCCCCCUACUCCAACACGACUUUCUGGAGGCAGCAGUGACGUGGAAGCGGAGGAAAGAGGAGACCUGGUUCAUUUCUACAACAACGUCUAUAUUCGAAAGAUGAAAAACUUUGCCCUGAAAUACUCUCAUGCCAACGCAAAUCAAGCUACCCCUCUCUCCCCUUACCCUUCUAUGCGGACCUUGUCUCCUCGGCGGGUGCAGUUAUCUCAGAGUCACCAGAUCUUCAUUUAUCCUCACAAUGAAGACUCUGCCACUUUAUCCCCUCGAGAAAAGAUCUCAUACUAUUUUAACCACAGCCCUGCAAAGAGAUUGCGGGAGAUCAACAGCAUGGUCAGAACGGGAGAGACUCCGACCAAGAAACGCGGGAUCCUUUUGGAAGAUGGAAGUGAAUCUCCAGCAAAGCGGAUAUGCCAGGAAAAUCAUACUGUCCUCUACAGGAAACUGCAAGACGUGGCCAAUGACAGAGGCACUUUCUGCACAAACUAGAUGGCUGCAUUAUCCCGACUUCAGUAUUUCAAAAAAUCUUAAUAUAUAUUAAUUCUGUAACUUAAGACACCAGGACUAUAACCAGUUUGUGGAAUCUGCCCUGUAGUGUUUAUAACCUGAGUUAUAAGGGGGCACUUAGUUUUAUAUAUAUGCACGACUGAGCGCUGGUAGAGAAGGUUGCACUAGAAAAGUUUUACAUUUUGCAGGUAGUUGAGGAGACAAGCUGAAGCAAUAAUACAGACGACUUAUAAAGGUCGGUCCAUGCAGGAGGUAAAAUACAGCACUCCGGAUGUAGCUGCGGAUGCGCUGCAAAAGCCACAUGAAUUCCUUGCGGUGUUUGCCACAGACGUGGCUGUGGCGAGUUUCAUCCUCAAAGGGUGAAAGCUGUGGAAGAGUCCGCAGCAUAAAUUGACAUUCUGCAGAUAUCAAAUCUGCACUUCAGCUCAAUUCACACUGCAGAUUUAUUUUUUUCGCCGCGUGUGGAUGAGAUAUUUUAAUAUCUCACCCACUUUGCUGGUGCUGUACCAUGCUGCAGAUGCCACGCGUGAACACGCCUGUAGGGUUGAAUCUUGUUCGUAUAGUACAACCUGUAGGUGGACAUAAUAUAUUUUCUCAAUAUAUAAUGCUAGUAUGGUCAGUAUCUGAAGUUCUAUGCUACCCAUGUGUUAUAAAUGAAGCUCUUCAGAAGAUGAUAGGGAGUGAGUUGGCAGUUGUUCAGACCUCCCUGCCAUCCAUGCCAUCAUAGAAAUAUUGCGCUACUGUAUCCAGUGAGUAGGUACGGACUUGGGGCUAAUGCACAGGGUAGAGCCUGUAUAAGGGCACAGAAAGUCCUUAGGCUAGGCAGUGUAUGGUGUCUCGGCACGGUAUUAUGGAGGCAUUCUCCCCAGUGGGUGGCACAUUCUGGCUUAGUAUCCUUCCCUGUGUGCUAUAGCUGCUAUCGCAGGGAGAUUAUUGCUGUGAUCACAUGGCUGGGACUUUCAAUAUUAAAGGGGUAUUUUCCAGGACUUAAAUACUGAUGACUAUCCUCAGGACAGGUCCUCAGUAUCUGAUCGGUGGGGGUCUGACUCCUGCCAGUCAGCUGUUUGAAGGGGCCGCGGUGCUGGGAUGAGGAUAGCAGUGCCAUAAAUUGUAUAGUAGGUGUGCUUGGUAUUAUCCAUAGAAAUUGGUCCCAUCCACGUGAAUGAGGAACUAGUCAUGUGACUAGUGGACAGUAACGUCACAGGCUGAAGGGAGGCCGUGGCUGCCUGAGGAUAGGUCAUCAGUAUUUAAAGGUUCUGGACGCCUUUGGGGCCAAUUUUUUUAUUAUUAUUAUUAUUGCAUUGUAUUCAUUUGGAGCUAAAAAUAAUUUUUUUCAGUUGGUCUUUAUUAAAACUUUUCAGCCCCUUUCUCUGCACAGGGUUGAGAUUCUCUAUUGUUUACCCUGUGUUCCAUCAGGGAGCUCUACUGAUGGCUCAUGUAGAGCUUAUAAACACUCUUUAUAGCUCAAUUCUUAUCUUACUAGAGAUGAGGGUUGUCAAGUGAUGCACAAAGUAAGAGUAAGAUGCUCACAGCUAGGCUAAAAUUUAAAGGUUUUUUUCAAGAUUUUCUCAUAACUUUCCCUAGGCCAUCAUUCACGUGGCCUAGGCGCAGCUCUGCCUUGUUCAAGUAAUACCAAGCAUAGCCACUAUACUAUGUACGACGCUGAGCUUGGUUUGCUGUGAGAAGGCAGGGGCGACACUGCCUUCUCAAAACAGCUGAUCGGCAAGGGUCCCGGGUGUCGGACCCCCACCAAUCGCAUAUGUAAAAAAAAAAAUCUCUAGAAACCCUUUGACAAAAACUGCUGAACAUUUUUAAUAAAGUCCAAUGCAAAAUAAAUGAUUUUAAUCCCAAAAUGAAUACAAUGCAGUCAUAAAAAAAUUGCCCCCGAGGUGUUUAUAGCCUUGGAAAACCCUUUUAACUCUAAUUCUGUCUGUAGGAGAUGGAAGAUGGGUCCAUUGCAACUGCCAUUUUAACUAUUGAUCACACCUCCCCUAUACCUACUAGUUCACCUAAUCUUCAGCUACUAUGUUUGUAAGUUUUAGAAAUGUUUACUCCCUUCCCCUAACUAUUCCAGGUUAUGUUUAAUCAUGGAGAAGAGGGAGGAGAUGGGAAGGUUUCAUAGCCAUGAAAGAGCCAACAGGUGCCAUCGCCCUGUGCAAAAAAAUAAAUGACUGAGCAUUGUUACCCCUUAGGGUUCCUAAUCAGACAGCACUUACAAUAAAUGCACUGUAUAAUGUCCGGCUAAUAGCUACUCACAUACGUUCGUUGUGGAUAUCAUGGGUAAAAAAUAUGGCUGGUAGCUAAGUCCUCUGAGACCUUUUAAGGAGGACACAUGAUGUACAUUACAUAAGCACGCCGACCUUCCGAGGAGUUUUGUGGUGCUUACAGUUUAGCUUCCUCCUACUAAAUUGGUGGUAAUAGGAUUGUGCCGAGGAUUUAAAGGGGGUCCAGUGUCUCCCAUGUGAACAGAGCAGCGGUCAGGCAUCUACACUGCUGCACCAUUCAUCUUUAUGGGACUGUUGGAGAUAGACACAUACUGUACUCUGCUUCUCUUCGGCAGAUCCAUAGAGAUGAAUGAUUGGGCGGCAGUGUGCUUGCUGAACUGGUGCUUCACAUUCACGUGAUCGGUGAGGACCUCAGCAGUAAGUCCCCCAACAAUCAGACACUUAUCCCCUGUCCCAUGGAGUUUAAAUCUUGGCACAACCCCUGUUUUGGGCUUAUAGGGGUUUUCAGGGACUUAGAUGUUGAAGGUCUGUCCUCAGGAUAGGUCAUCAAUAUCAGAUCGGUGAGAAUCUGACCCUACACCCCCACUGAUCAGCUGUGGACAGCCGCCAGCGCUGUAAACUAUACAAUGGACCGAAGGCUGGGUCGAUUCACUGGAGUGGGAGAGGAUUAGCAGUACCCCAGCAUGGACGCUGCACAGUGGAUGGAUCCUUCUGCUUCCAGAUCUGUCCAUGGUACAGUUCCCAGCCUGGCCGAAACAGCUGAUUGGACCCCCCACCCCACCAAUCUGAUACUGUUGACCUUUCCUGAGGUUAGGCCAUCAAUAUCUAAGUGCCGGAAAAAAAAACCUCAAUAAGUAAAGUGUACUGAAGUUAGCUAUCAAGUGCUGUCACUUUUUAAUUGUGUCGUGAAAAAGUAAGUACUCCCCCAGCCCCAGCCCCGUGUAAAGUGUUUAAUUUUCAUCUUCAUUCAAACAAUAUAUAAAGCAAAUAACAAAUUGACUUUGAGCUGCCUAAGGGUUUCUACCUGUCUGGCUAUGCAGUGUUUGGGAGCAUUUCAAAUACCCAGUCCACACAACAUCUCACUUGGAGUAAGAUCUGGUCUUUGAAUGAACCAUUCUUGUCCAGUGGUUCUUUCCGAACAGUAAAGGAAUGUUCACAUCACGUUUGUGACGUCCAUUUAGCGUGUACACUGGUAAAACUCCCAAGGUACGCACUGAAUCUGUCCAUAGGGUUACAUUAGGCAAACAUUGGCUUCCAUCUGGUCAGUAUACAUCUAUAUACUGUAAAAAAAAAAUGUAUGGAAUAUCAUAGUAGAUAACACUAUGACA